AUGAGUUCACCAAUUGUACUUGAUCAAGGAACUGGGUUUGUUAAAAUUGGUAGAGCAGGCACCAAUUUUCCUGACUACACUUUCCCAUCUAUGGUGGGAAGGCCAAUAUUGCGAGCAGAAGAGCGUAAUCUUCUCGUUCCUGAUGAUAUUGAGAUUAAAGACGUUAUGUGUGGAUCAGAAGCAAGUCAAGUGAGGUCUUUGCUUCAGAUAAACUACCCCAUGGAGAAUGGUAUUAUCAAGAACUGGGAAGAUAUGGAACACUUGUGGGAUUACGCCUUCUACGAGAAGAUGAAAUUGAACCCUCAAGGACAAAAGAUCUUGUUAACUGAGCCUCCAAUGAACCCAUUAAAGAAUCGAGAAACUAUGUGUCAGGUCAUGUUUGAAAAAUACGGAUUUGACGGAGUUUAUGUUGCCAUUCAAGCGGUGUUGGCAUUGUAUGCGCAAGGAUUGAGUUCAGGAGUUGUUGUUGACUCAGGUGAUGGUGUAACUCAUAUUGUCCCUGUUUAUGAGUCAGUUGUGUUGAACCAUCUUACAAAGAGAUUGGAUGUUGCAGGAAGAGAUGUCACCAGGCAUUUGAUUAACUUGUUAUUCCGUCGUGGUUAUGCAUUCAACAGAACUGCUGAUUUUGAAACUGUACGUCAGAUUAAGGAGAAGCUAUGUUAUGUUAGUUAUGAUUUAGAGUUUGAUUCAAAAUUGUCUACGGAGACCACAACAUUGGUAGAGUCUUAUGAGUUGCCAGAUGGAAGGGUGAUCAAAGUUGGUAGUGAGAGAUUUGAAGCCCCAGAGUGUCUAUUUCAACCACACUUGGUUGACGUUGAGCAGCCAGGAGUGGGAGAAACUUUGUUCAACACGAUCCAAUCAGCUGAUGUUGAUGUAAGAUCCUCCUUGUUCAAAGCAAUUGUCUUGUCUGGUGGUUCCUCAAUGUAUCCUGGAUUGCCAUCGAGAUUGGAAAAGGAGCUUAAACAGUUGUGGUUGACCAGGGUAUUACGUGGCGAUGCUACUAGAUUGGACAAGUUCAAGGUAAGAAUUGAAGACCCACCAAGAAGAAAGAACAUGGUUUUUAUUGGAGGUGCAGUUUUGGCCAACAUCAUGGCCGAUAAGGACCACAUGUGGAUUUCAAAGCAGGAGUGGGAAGAGCAAGGACCAAGAGUUUUACAAAAGUUGGGACCUAGAUAG